AUGGCUCUUUCCACCCACACUACUCCGUCAGGAUUCCUGUUACCGUCGAUCCACUCAGCACCGCCCUUCUUCACCGAGCAACCAAACCAAAACACACAGGCACAUCUCACCGAGCAAUGGAUACGCCUCAUCCUGACAUACGCGAGACACAAGCGUCUCUUCGUGCUGCGCGUUGAUGAUGCAGAGGUCCCGGGCGGCGAUUGGGACGAGAUCCUUCGCAAUGAGAGGAUAAACCGACGAAUCCCACCGUCGUAUCUCUCGUCAUUGAUGGCUAGCAUGAUCGCAAAGAACCUCGCUGUGUACGAGCCGUCUAAGCAGACCCGUGCGGUGUUGCUUUACUGGCGUCUUCCGGAAGAAUGGGCUGAUGUCCUCCAUUCGUGGGCAACAGCGACUGGCCAGCUCAAUACCAUCCUCACUUUUUAUGAGAUCUCAGACCCUCCUAUCCCGUCUCCUCUUUCUGGCAUUCCCAUACCACUUCUGCGACGGGCUAUCACCAUUCUCUCACGCUCUAAUCGAGCACAAAUUAUUGGGGUUGCUGAUGGCGAAGGUGUGAGGUUCUUUAUAGGAUGA